CUCUCUUUUGCUGUGGCUUGCCCUUCUCCACGUUCCCGAGUCCCUUCAUCAAUGCACCACCUCAUUUCAUGGCACUCCACUCCUCCGCCGCAUUAGCCAUCCAUGAACGCUCUCGCCGCCGCCACCUUAUUCCGCACCUCCGGCGGCCUUCUUUCUCGCAAUGUUAAAACCCCUUAAACCCUCAUUCACCUCUCCGAUUCUCAUAUCCACACGCCGUCUCCUCAGCUUCUGCCCAAAUCCCGAUUCCCCAAAUCAGGGCUUCCCGAAUCUAGUCCAACUAGUCUGUGAUACACUAUCCAAUCCGCGUGUCCCAUGGCGGGGGAGCUCGGACCUCAAAUCUUUGACGCCAAAUCUCAAACCUUUCCACGUCGCUCGAAUCAUUGAAGCCCACGCCGACACCGAUUGUGUUUUGCAGUUUUUUUAUUGGGUUUCUAAGUGCCAUUUUUACAAGCAUGAUAUGUGCUGUUAUAUGUCCAUGUUGAAUAGGCUUGUUAAAGAUCAUUGUUUUGCGCCCGCUGACCAUGUCAGGAUUCUCAUGAUUAAAGCUACUAGAGAUGAGGGGGAGAUUAGGAGGGUUGUUGAUUUCUUGAAUCAGAUUGCUGGUAACGGCUUUUGUUACACUCUAUACACUUUUAAUUCUCUUUUGAUUCAAUUGGGGAAAUUCAAUAUGGUUGCUGCAGCUCUGAAUGUGUAUAGGGAGAUAUUCAGAAGUGGGAUCAAGCCCAGUUUGUUGACUUUCAAUACCAUGAUUAAUAUUCUAUGUAAGAAGGGGAAUGUGAAGGAGGCUGAAAUUAUCUUAGCACAGCUUUAUCAGUAUGAAAUGUUUCCUGAUGUCUUCACUUAUACGUCGUUAAUUCUAGGGCACUGUAGGAACAGAAAUCUGGAUAAAGCAUUUGUUGUUUUUGAUCAGAUGCUAAAGAAAGGUAUUGAUCCCAAUGCGGUGACCUAUACAACACUUAUUAAUGGUUUAUGUAAUGAUGGGAGGGUUGAUGAGGCUUUGUGUAUGAUUGAGGAGAUGAUUGAGAAUGGUAUCAGACCUACGGUUUACACUUAUACCGUUCCUAUCACAGCAUUGCUUGAAGAUGGGCGUGUAGAUGAGGCGGCUUCUCUUGUUGUAAGCAUGAGAGAGAGGGAUACUGCACCCAAUGUGCAGACGUACACGGCCCUUAUCAGUGGAUUAGCAAAAUCCAACCAGCUUGAGGUAGCAAUGGGUUUGUAUCACAAGAUGGUGAAGGAUGGAUUGGUUCCUACCACAGUUACGUAUAAUGCUCUGAUACACGAACUGUGUGAGAGAAGAAAGGUAGAUGCUGCUUUUAAAAUCUUUCAGUGGAUGGAACAGCAUGGUCAUUUGGACAAAACAGAAACCUACAAUGCCAUGAUCAAUGGUUUCUGUGAGAUAAAAAAUGUUGAAAGGGCAAUGACUCUAUUUGGUGAAAUGCUAAAGAAGGGCCCCCCUCCCAAUACGAUUACGUAUAACACUCUAAUCAAUGGAUACGUCGGAUGCUGUUAUCUAGAUAAUGCCAGUAGGUUGAUGGUGGUGAUGAAGGAAAAUGGAUGUAAACCUGAUCAGUAUACAUAUGCAGAACUCAUUAAUGGGUUCUGCAAAGGAGAUAGGCUUGAUGAGGCUUCUGCAUUAUUUGAGGAAAUGAUGCAGGAAGGUCUGAGCCCAAAUUUGGUGAACUAUGCCACUCUAAUCAAUGGCCUCUGCAAGAAAGGGAAAGUUGAAGAUGCAUUAGUUUUGCUUAAGAGGAUGCAAAAAGCUGGUUGCCAUCCAAAUAUAGAGACUUACAAUGCUGUUCUUAAUGGUCUAUCUAAACUAUAUAGGCUGUCUGAAGCAGAGAAACUAUGCAAUGACAUGGCAGAAGAUGGUCUGCUUCCCAAUGUGAUUACAUAUACUACUCUGAUUGACGGUCUUUGCAAGGAUGGGGGAUUAGACCUUGCAUUCAAGGUUUACCGAGAAAUGGAGAGAAAGAAUUGCUUUCCAAACCUGUAUACCUAUAGUGCAUUGAUCGAUGGUCUGUGCCGGGAAGGCCGUGUCGAUGAUGCAGAGAUCUUGCUUGAAGAGAUGGUGGCGAAAAAAUUGUAUCCAGAUGUGGUCACUUAUACCUCAUUGAUCGAUGGCUUUGUAUCCGUAGGUAGACUAGAUCACGCAUUUUUUCUGCUUCAUCGGAUGAUAAGUGCAGGUUGCACCCCAAAUUACAGGACCUACUGUGUCUUGCUCAAAGGGAUACAGAGGGAGAGCCACACAGUUUCUGAAAAAAUCACAGGGCAACUUGAAACUGUGCCCAAUCAUAUUUUAGUCGAAAGGGAAAUUACUGUUGAUACCUUCUGCAAUCUACUAGUUAGGAUGUCCGAGAUUGGUUGUGAACCUUCUGUUGAUACAUUUUCCAUCUUAAUUGAUGGUCUGUGUCAUAGUGGCAGAAGCCACGACGCGGAUCUUUUGGUAAAACUUAUGAAGGAGAAAGGGCAGACUCCUACUCAAAUUAUAUAUUGCUCUCUCGUCAAAGCUUAUUGCAAGAAUUUGAGAGUAGACAAUGCUCUAGAGAUACUUAAUCUACUUAACAGUAGUGGUUUCAACCUCCCGUUAUCAGUUUAUGCAGCUCUUAUAUCGGCCCUUUGCUCAAGACAACGGACAAAAGAAGCUGAAGAGGUGUUCAACGGCAUGCUUGAGAAAAAAUGGAAUGGUGAUGAGAUUGUUUGGACUGUCUUGAUAGACCGCCUGCUAAAGAGCGGGGAAUCGCAACUAUGCUCAAAUUUUCUUCAUGCAAUGAACUCAAAGAAUAUCCCUAUUAGCAAGCAGACUCAUCUAAUGCUAGCAAGGGAAAUGUCUAAUACCGACAGCAAUUCUAUCUCAGAGAACCAAGUUUCAGAUGAAUUGCAAGUCCUACAUGACCAAUAAGCAGGAUAAUGUUUCCUGAGUUAUAAAGUGAAUAGAAAACACAUUUUGUCAUGGAAAUACAUUCUUAUUUGAUAGCCCUUGUAUUUUCUCAACAAGGGUAAGUUUUCUGCAGCAUCUCGUGGUCGGAUUUUAAGCUGCAAAUUUCUAUCAAAUAAGUGGGGUUCCAGUUUUCGUAUAGGCCGUAUAUUGCUCACAAAGAUACUAUGGAGUUGCCCAAUUUUCGGGAUCUCACUGAUCAAUUUGUCAUUCUAGAAUGAGUGAUAUGACCCGGUUGCUCAGUUAACCAAUAAUUUCAGCUAACACUUGUUAAAAGUCUCUUCAUACAGCGUGGUGCUAAUGGACAUUCAACAAGACGCUUCUCAUCCGGGCUCUUGCAUACAGUUUGGAUGUAAACUAUGUACAGUUUUAGAGCCAUAUCUGCAUAUUCAAGAACACAAAUUGGAUCCAGUUGAAUCAACUCAUAACAUUGGCUUCUCUCACUUGUUGUAUACCCUUGUAUUCUUUAGAACUCACAUUAGUCUUAGCAUGUAAAAAUUGAGUGAUUUUUUUGUUUAACAAGUGGGAAAUUUUCAGUUUCA